CUCUGUGUCUCUCUGUACUCACGCUCCGCUCUCCACCUUCAGGGAGCGCACACUCUCGAAGCCAAACUCCAUCACAUUGUUGCACUCGGAGGUGAACUCAUGGCGGCGGCCCUGGAAGCACUCCUCGUCGAAGACAAUGAUCUGUGGGGGGGAAUAAAGACGGAGCAGCGAAUCAGAAGACUCACCUUCCAGUGGCCGGAGAACUUGGUGCAAUGGUGAGUCAUCUUGUCUGCAAGGAAAAAAGGACAAAAGACGUUUGAAAGAAGACCUUCAGAGCAGAGAUGAUGGAGACAAGAGGAUGGAUGAGACUCUGUGGUUUCAGGGGUGAUAGUGAGAGGAUUACCUCUUUGUGCCCCUGGACCUUUGCAUUCCUCUCCUCUACAUGCACCUAAAGCUUACAUCCCUGCAGGCCCAUCACAGGGAGCGAAAUGCCUCGGUCAGUGCUUUCCUUUGAUAGUAAAACGCUUACAGGCAAACCAGAGGGGCCGGCGGCGCUUCUAGGCUCUGCGGUGACCCGCUGGCUUUGGAGCGGGCCAACUGUGAUGACGAGAGGGUUUCUAUUGUGCGCUGAGCCUCGACGUUUGGCCUUUGCCAGAGUAUAAAAGCUUGGGUCGAGCGGUGAACGGACCAGCACGAGCCAGCCUCCCUCACACGGCACAGCAAGCUAUACUAACGCAGACUCUCCUGAAGCCCCUCACCAUGUCUCAGACUGCCAAGUCCGCCUCCAGCCAGGGCACCGAUGCCAAGGACAAGGGAGCCCCCGCCCCAGCUGCCUCCAGCAAGGCCACCAAGACCGGAGAGCCCAGCCUGGGAAACUUCAGAAUCCUGCUGUUCGACCAGGAGAACUUCCAGGGCAGGAUGAUCGAGGUCCAGAAUGAGUGUAUGAACGUGUGUGACCGUGGCAUGGAUAAAGUGCGUAGUAUCAUCGUGGAGUGCGGCCCCUUUGUUGCCUUUGAGCAGACUAACCUCCGUGGGGAGAUGUUCAUCCUGGAGAAGGGAGAGUAUCCUCGCUGGGAUACCUGGAGCAACUCCUACCGCAGUGACUGCCUCAUGUCCCUCAGGCCCAUCCGCAUGGACAGCCUGGAGCACAAGAUCUGCCUGUAUGAGCUCUCUGACUUCAAGGGCAACAAGAUGGAGAUCCAGGAGGAUGAUGUGCCCACCCUCUGGGCGCACGGCUUCUGUGACAGAGUGGGCAGCGUGAGGGUGCCUGGAGGAGCGUUUGUGGGUUACCAGUACCCCGGAUACAGAGGCUACCAGUACCUGUUUGAGUGCGGUGAUUACAGACACUACAACGACUUCUCUGCCCUCCAGCCCCAGAUCCAGUCCAUUCGUCGUAUCAGGGACAUGCAGUUCCACCAGAGAGGAUGCUUCACCUUCACCUCCGCCAGCAAGUGAGCCCCACCUGCUGGCCGUGUGGUGCUGUAGCAUGCCUUCAGCCCCGUCACCUUUUUAUCUUUACAAGCGGCCACUCCUUUCUCCAAAACUUUCCUAAAUCUUUACCAUCGACGCUCCAUUCAUCCGAAGGAAAGACACGAUGAGAGCGACAACUCGGGACAACAUUAACUGACUUUUUAUGGUGCUAAAAAAUAAACAUGUUGUGAAAAACCUG